AUGACAAGUGAUGGUAAUACAAACAAUAGAGUUCCUGGAGCUAUUGCGCCCGAUGGUGGUUGGGGAUGGAUUAUUGUAUUUGCAUCUUUUAUGAUACAUUUUAUAAUGGAUGGAAUAACAUAUUCAAUGGGUGAUGUAUUUUUACGUCCUAUGAUGGAUAAUUUAAAUAAAACUCGAGGACCUGUUUCAACUAUUUUUGGAAUUUUACCAGCAAUAACACAAGCGACAGGACCUAUUGCAACGAUAUUUACAAAUAGAUAUGGAUAUCGACGGGUGACAAUAGUUGGAGCUUGUCUUGCUGCAGCUGGAUUUUUAGCAACCUAUUUUUGGAUGAAUCUUUGGUUUUAUUAUUUCGCGAUUGGUAUUGU